AUGGCGCUUGAGACGGUCGGCCAUGUAGUCGCUGCCCUACUAGACUCGUACGGCGCCGCUCUCGAAUGCUACGCCGGUUGGCGCCGGAGACAGCGGGCGCGCAACCAUUACUAUUACCGGACGACGACGACGAGUACCGCGACCAACGAUGGCAAUACCAAGGGCGAUACUAAGAGCGGGAAAGAGACGACGUUUUCAGCAGCUGGCACAUCGCUUAGCAUCUCGAAGUUGAAGAUUGAGGAGGCAUUUCAGAGUGGUGUCGAUGUGCUUGGGGAUGAAUUCGUAUACGGAGACGCGGCUCUACAACGAGCUAUUGAGGGAGGAGAAUAUUAUCCCCUGCCGCUCGGCGAGGUCACUCGCGUGUCGGAGGCGAUGCGCAUAUCCACCUUAGCUGCGUUGCAGAAGCAGUACCAACGUCUUGUCGUCGGCCGAUUAGCGCCGCGGGCAGUAUCACCACCGCAAAAUAUUUCGAUAAGCGGUAAUGCUAGCCAUGUCGACGACACCGCCAGUCAUGAACCAGGGGUGGAUCCAGCAACACCGACACAAGUACCAGAUCACCAUCUAAUGAAGAGUUCGGUGGACAAAGAUUCCAAUAGCACCGUUAGCAAUAGUAAUAACAACCCUCGCGAGCCACCGUCCCCCCCUACGACGCCAACACAGAUCUCGAAAGAGCCAUCGCUGAACCAAGAAUCCGAGUCCACGUAUUCCUGGUCUACAGCGAGAUUCGGCGACGCUCGGCCGAAGAACAGCGUUUUCAGCGUCUUCUGCCCUGAGGCGAUGAAGUACCAGGUGGACCUGGAAAAGGCAUUGCCGAUUGACGGAGCGAGAUGCAGAUGUGGUUAUGUUUGGAACGCCGGCUGUCGUGCCGAAGACAGGGCCACCAUGGUAAUCAAAGAUGGAUUCCACAUCACGCCCAGGUUCCUGGGUAAAUCACAUUGCAACAAUGGGUUAGGAUGUGUUCUGUGUACGUCUAAUGGUAGGAUCGAGACGUUUGGUAGCGUGGAGGGCUUGAGGACCCAUAUCAACUCUUCGCAUUCAAAAUGGCAGUUGUUGCAUGACCGGGAUUUGGCGGGUCAUUAA